ACAUGUAGAUUAGGUUAGCAGGCAUUUCAGGCAUUCUACCCCACUGGUAGGAUACACGGGAUAAAUUCCUCAACGAUAUUGAUAGCUGGUUUAAUUCAGCAUUUCAUUUCCCGCUGUUUUAUAUCUGGAUAAUAUACCUUUCUGUAAUGACUUUUUCCCUCUUCCAUUGCGCAGAACUGUGCCCUUUCUUCUUGGUCAUAGGUUUAAUGCUUUUUAGAAUUUAGUUUUGUGGUAACUGAAAUGAGAAUAUGAAAUAUUUUUAAAAUUGUUUCCAAAUCUAAUUUUAAAUUAUUCUAUAGGUGCAUAACUUGCUCAUUGAUGUGGAGGGAGUUAAGGGAAUCCGCGUCAGAGCAGUUUCACAAAGUUGUGUAGGAAAACCUACUACCAAAACACAUUGUCACUGUUUACCAGUGCACUGGGUGCCCUCUUCCUCCCUGUCACACCCAACUUCAUUAUCAUCCUAAGUGGAUAGUGAGUGAAAAAUAGCAGGCAUGCAUGAUCUGAUCACUAUUUCGCAUCCUGGCGCAAAGGCCAGGGAGUGGACUUGACCCGCCUGGCUACUAACAGUACAGCGUUAGCUAAUAAAGAGCAUGCAGCCACAGUUCACUGAAAGUCUGUCAUAAUCCACUUUUGAAAUAUGUUAAAACCAAGCGUGAGUUUCAAGGCUGUCUGAGACAUUCUUUAUUGCCGUAUAAAAACUUGGAGGUGAUCUGAGGGAGCGUCAGUCGCAACGUGGGCCACACAAACAGAAGUCGAGAGAGCAGCUGUUCCUCUGUAAACUAAAAAACAAACCCAGUAUUUUACACAACAUGAGAGCCACAUCUUACACCCAGAAGAGCCUGCAGGUUAGCGGCUCCGGCGGCAGAGUAAGGGUUCAGAGCCCGUCGCCUUCCCGGUGCCGUGGAUCCUCAUAUGACAGCCGUGGACGCUCGGGUUAUCGCAGCACUGCCAUCGAGUUGGGCACAGAGAUACACCAGCACCAUGCCAACGAGAAAGAGGAGAUGCAGGAACUCAAUGUGAAGUUUGCAGGAUACAUCGAGAAGGUCCAAGCACUAGAGCAGAGAAAUGCAGCUCUUCAAGCUGAGCUGUCUGCACUGCAGAGCCGCUACAAGGGAGGCCCCACAGGCAUUGGAGAAGAAUAUGAGCUCAAGUUUAAAGAGGUGCGGGAGCUGAUUGAAGCCUUGACUAAUGAGAAGGGAGCAGCUGAUAUCGAGCGAGGCUACAUUGAAGAAGAGGUCGAAGUGUGGAGACUAAAGCUGGAGGAGGAGCUGGCACUCAAAGAAGAGGCAGAGAUGAUCCUGAGGGAGUUUUGCCAGGAUGUUGACAAUGCCACACUGCAGAAGGCUGAGCUGGAGAAGCGUAUAGAGCAACUGGUGGCCGAGAUAGAGUUUCUCAAGAAGCUGCAUGAUGAAGAGGUGGCUGACAUCAUGAAGCAGAUUGAGGACUCAAAGAUUACUGCAGAGCUGGAUAGCGAUCGACCUGACCUGGCUGCUUAUCUGCGCAACAUGCGUGCAGAGAUAGAAACUGUUGCUGCCCGCAACGUCCAGGAAGCUGAGAAGUGGUACAAGAGCAAGUUUGACACCCUCAAGGAGCAUGCUAGCAAACAUGAGGUGCAAAUGAAGACCAUGAAAGACGAGAUCACGACCUUUCACAACCAAGUGACAGACCUACAGAACCAGAUUGACGGGCUGAGGGCUCGCAACACAGCCCUGGAGCAGCAGCUGGAGGACAUGGAGAUGUCUCACAUGGAUAAGGUGGGGAGCCUUGAUGGUGUCAUUGCUCAGUUGGAGGCCCAGCUCUGCGAAACCAAACUGGAGAUGACCAAGUAUCUCCAAGACUACCAGGAACUGCUGCACAUUAAGCUCAAGCUGGAUGCGGAGAUCGCCACCUACAGGAAGCUGCUGGAAGGGGAGGAGCACAGGCUUGGAAUUGCCAAAGAUGUCUAAAUAUCCAUGAUGAGAGGAACCGCAAGUCCAAAACAGCCACAGAGAAGACCAGCAGAGCAUCAUGGAGUGGAGAGAUCAGCUCAUUCUAGUUAAAAAGACUUCCCUAUCUUACCCAUUCUUUCUCUAUUUUAUCCUCCUUACUCAAAGGGCUGGGUAUUGUUUGAAAUGUUUCAACACCAGCGCCGAUACGACACUUGAGUUUCAGAAUGGAUACCUAAAUGAUACUUUUCUUGAAACCUUACUUUGAGAUAUGUUUUUUCUACAAAAACAUUUUUUCAUUUAACAAACAAUGACAAUAAUGUCAAAUGUUAAACGUUGUCUUAACACAUGUUCUUUCACAAGAACUCUAGAAAUGGCAAAAUUUUGACUAUGCAUACCUAUUUUAAUGAGGUUCUGGCUCGCAGUCAUACAUCCACACAAAAGAAAGAUUUACAUGUGCGCGGCUUUCCCAAAAUUUUGAUUCAAAUCAGAAAGUAUCUGAUCAAAAAAUAAGUAAAUAAGAUUACAAAUCUGACAAAACAUUUGAUGCCAGCUUUCUGUACUUGACCGUUCUGGAUACUCAGUGCUACAGACACAUUGUGCUCGGUACCCAAGAAGUAUUGGGGUUCAAUACCCAGCCCACCUUACCCUGUUACUUACCUUGCCACAUCCUGACCCCAUUGUCCUUACGUCUUUGCUUACAAUGUCUACUUGCUACCAAUUCUUCCCAGUACCCAGCCCUACAGUCCUUAAUUUUACAUCAUUUUCUCAAAACAACCUCCCUGCCACUUCUCUUGCCUUUCCCUAACCAGCUCUACCCUGUCUCCCCCAGUACUCCCCUGCUCCUGUUUUAUGGCAGCCCUCAGGUCUUCUUAGUCAGACCCUUUUCCUUUACUCCUUUUCCUACAACACCCUUGCUGAAUCCACCUUCCCUUUUUUCUUGCCAAAUCAACCCUGCUGUUAUACCUCUUACCAUUUCUGUCACUUCCCUUUGCUACAUCUGUCACAGCUUCUCUUGAUUAAAUUUUAGGAUCCCACCUCCUUUACCAAAAACACUUUUGUCCUGCUGUGAUGCGUCACAUCUCAACCCAAACAAAGCAGAAUAAAUAUCAGUAGUGUUAUGACUGGUCUUUACAGUGCCCCCUGAUUAUUCCAAAUGUUUUGACAUGACACAACUAUUGACCAUUUACACUAAUGUUGACCAACUAUUAAUUAAUAAAGAUUGAAGUGAGUGCAUACAAAA